AAUCAAUACGCAAUAUAUAAUUAUUCCCUCACUUGCCCAAAAAUCUCCAACUCCUUUUUUUCUCAUGGAUAACUUUGCGUCCAUGUCUUCUUCUUCAUCAUCUCUCUCACAAAAUUCACAUCUCUCCAUCUUCAACAUGAUGAUGACCUCCCAACCACACGAUCAUCAUCACAAUCAUCAAAAUCAAAAUCAAGUAUUCCAACAUCAUGACCAAAACAAUGGAUACUCGGGCUUCAUCACAUCCAUGGAAGAAAAUCAAAAUAUCAACGGCGAUGCAGCCGGUGAGGGAUCAGGCAGUCUGGCUGCGGAAAACGAUGCGAAAGAAGGGAAGAAAAAGGUGGAGAAAAAGAGCAGAAAACCUAGAUUUGCCUUCCAAACUAGAAGCCAAGUUGAUAUUCUUGAUGAUGGAUAUAGAUGGAGGAAAUAUGGUCAAAAGGCAGUCAAGAACAAUAGAUUUCCAAGAAGCUAUUAUAGAUGCACACAUCAAGAUUGCAAUGUGAAGAAACAAGUGCAAAGGCUUUCCAAAGAUGAAGGAAUUGUAGUGACGACUUAUGAAGGCGUCCAUUCUCAUCCAAUUCAGAAAUCAACCGACAAUUUUGACCACAUUCUUAGUCAAAUGCAGAUUUACACUUCUUUAUAAUAAUUCUAUAUAUACACGCAAUGACAGAUUCAAGUGGGGUAGGGAUCGAUCGACCCAUAAUAGGUCUAUUAAAUUCAAUAUUUGGAGUUGUCACUGACCAUGUGGUGUUGUUAUGUUGCACUGCCCCAACCCUUCGGGGUUGGAGUUCACUUUCAUUUUUCAUUUAUCAUCAUCCCGUAAGUGACGAUUUCCGCACCCACUUCUUUUUUUAUGGAUCUGCCAUAGUGUAGGCGCCAAUUUGUGAAAAUAUUAGAAGUUCAUUUUCGAUGUAUACUCAAAGACAUUAAGAUCUUUAAUAAUGUGAAUUUUACUUGGAUAUUACUGCA